AUGAUACCGGUAAUCAUUGGCGUUGCCGAUAUCAAAAAUCGGUCAACCGCAGUUGAGGAUGCAAAAGAGCCGGCAACUCUGAUGCUAGAGGCGAUUGAAAGAUGCAUCCAAGAUUCAAGCACUUCAAGUCAAUUCGCCGACGUUGUACGAUCCAGUAUCGAUAGUAUCGACGUCGUUCGCACUUGGACUUGGCCCUACUCGGAUCUGCCAGGACUUCUUUCAGAGAAACUUGGAGUUCAAGCGAAACAUAGAAGCUACAGCGAACACGGGGGGAAUCAGCCAGCCAAGCUUUUGGAUGAAGCUGCUCGGCGAAUCGCGACUGGUGAGAGCAAAGUGGCCGUCUUAACAGGAGCGGAAGCCCUAGCCUCUCUGGCCGCCUGCGUCAAAGAAGGAAAGAUCCCACCCCCCGGGUGGACCUCACCAGCAGAGUCGGUGAAAAGUGUUUUCUCGCCGACCACCAGGGAAUUAAGGAAAGACAUUGGUGGUUUACAUUCCGUGGGCGCACCUAUCCAUAUCUAUCCAAUGUAUGAGAACGGAUUCCGGGCUCAUCGUGGCCAGUCGAUCAAGGAUAACCAUGACGAGUCGACCGCCCUUUAUGCAGAUUUCAGCAAAGUCGCAGCUUCUAAUCCGUAUUCAUGGAAUCAUGGCAAAGAGACCGAAUCUCUACAAUCAAUUGGAACAGUGUCCAAAAGGAAUCGCAUGAUAUGCUUCCCAUAUCCACUUUUGAUGAACGCCUUCAACACUGUCAACUUGGGGGCGGCUUGUAUCUUGACCUCGACUGAAUUUGCAAAAGAACUACAGAUUCCGCGUGAGAAAUGGAUCUAUCCUCUUGGAGGCGCUGGGUUCAAGGAGCGCGAAUUAUUUUGGGAACGACCAAAUUUCUUCGAAAGCUCGGCCAUUUCGAAGUCACUUGAUCGGUGUCUCAGUGCCAGCGGGCUCACUGGAAGCGAAAUAGAUAUUUAUGAUUUCUACUCCUGUUUCCCUAUUGUGCCGAAACUUGCCUGCCAUCACAUGGGUCUCUCAAUUACCGAGCCAAAGAAACCUAUUACAGUCCUUGGUGGGCUCACUUCCUUUGGGGGCGCUGGCAAUAACUAUUCGAUGCAUGCACUCACUGAGAUGGUACGCUGCUUGCGUCGAGGAGCAGGGCAAACCGGACUGAUUUUGGCCAACGGGGGGUUCUUGUCCUACCAGCAUGCGAUCUGCAUUUCAACACAGCCUCGGAAGAAUCAUAACCUCUACCCGGACAGCGGGACGUUGCACUCUGGACCAUCUGAUGAGAUUCCACCUAUAGACUCAGAGACAGAAGGUGAAGCGAGAGUUGAGACCUAUACAGUUGAAUUUAACCGGGAUGGCAGCCCUGAGCAAGCUUACAUCGUUGGACGAUUGACAGGGAGCAACCAUCGUUUUCUUGCAAACCAUGGGAACCAGGCCACUUUGAAGCGACUUGCAUCGACUAGUGAAGAGCCCAUUGGGAUAAUUGGCACUGUGAUGCCCGAUCCAACGGGCGAUAAGGGAUAUAGGAAGAACUUUUUCUAUCUAGAUGGCAGCCCGAAACUGUAA